AUGGAAAGAAUUAACUAAACAUCUGCAGAAGCUAAACAAUUCUGUUGAAGAAAGUGUAAUAAUUGAGGACUGGGUUGAUUUGGAUGGAGAUGCUGAAGUUAUUGUGGCUGGUUAUACAAAAGUUGUGGCAGAUGUCUACCAGCAACUUUCUGAUUUUGUUGAAAAAAACACCCACAUGCACACUGUAAUUCCUGCCAAGUCAGUGGCUAUGGUGCAGUUUAUAGAGGAGGAAAAGCAGAAGGUUUGGUGUGAUUUGAACAAGAAGGGGCUGAGAAUUAAUUUUGGACUCCUGCCAAAUCAGAAGAACAUUGUCUUAAGUGGACCCAAAGUAGUGGUGACAGAGGCAGCAGUAAAGGUAAAACAAAUGCUGUCUUCACUGUACUCUGUGAAUGUGGCGUUUGAUAAACCUGGAGUGAAAGACUUUUUCAAAAACCACGAACAUCACUAUGUUAACCUAGUAAAAGUGGAAUUCAGCUGUUUGAUCAGAUUGCAAAGAGAUGAUGAGCAAAAUGCGGAAAAUGUUCAAACCAAGGUAAACUUAAAAAACGGUGUGGUGAUAGAGGUCUGUAUGGGAGAUCUGACCAGUUAUCAAGCUGAUGUUGUAGUCAAUGCAUCAAAUGAAACACUGAAGCACAUUGGUGGCCUUGCCAAUGCUUUGCUAAAAGCGGCUGGCCCACAGUUACAAGAUGAAUGUGAUGUUCUGAUACAGAAAUGUGGCGCUCUGAAGCCCGGCUGUGCAGUAAUCACAGGAGCUUGGAACUUGCCUUGCAAACAGGUGAUUCAUGUUGUUGGGCCAAGGUGGACCAGUGCCAACAAAGAAAACUGUAUACAACUAUUAAAGAAAGCUGUAAGGGAAAGCUUAAAACUGGCAGAAAAAUUCAAACAUUGCUCCAUCGCUAUGCCUGCCAUAAGCUCUGGGAUUUUUGGAUUCCCAAUAAAAGAGUGCACUCAUUUCAUUUUAACAGCCAUUCAGGAAACCUUAGAAGAAUUUUCUGAGAAUGGCAGCUUGAAACAGAUUUUCCUGGUAGAUAUGGCCCCUCAAACAAUUCAGGCAUUUUCUGAUGCUUUACACAAAGUGUUUAAAAGUGGAUUCCAGCCCACACCGCUGUCUUCUCCAUCAGUCGGUCAACUUUUGGAGAUUAAAGAUCUUGUGGGGAUUUCUGAUGAAGGACUGAAACUGAUUGUAGAAGAAAAAGGCAUCGAAGAUGCUACG